AUGUCGGGACUGCCGCGUAGGCAGGGGACUAAAUUAUUGAUGCGCACAAGGCACGAUGGACAAUAUUUAACCAUAGUAAGAAUGUCAUUUAGCUCUCUCACAAGUUAGGAGGUACAAUGCAUGUGACCGGGUGUGUGCCUAACCUUCCUAGUUAACUCUCCCCUCCCUGAUUGGGUUGCCCCCGUUUGCCAGCCCCUAGACCUGUAUGCAUAGAACGACCCUUACGACCGGGGGGACACCCGCACGUGUCAUAGCAGGAAAUUUGCCCCACUCCAUGCUGACCGAUCCCGCUAGAUACGACCUGCCCACUAAGAGUUAAAGACCCUCAUAUGAAGGAAUCCCACCAGGCCUGGAUAUCAGGCAUUGAGGCUCGCACACUUCACUACUUACUCUAUUGACAUCACCACCCCCCUACAAACUCUCCCCCCCCCCUUCACCUAUAUGGUAAAGUGAUUUCAAACAGAAUUACAGCUACGUAAAUAGGUGAUGAUAACCUAUCCUGCGGGGCCAAGCAGAUUCUCGGGCAAACAGAGUAGUUUGACCCGAGAUAGCCACCGACGGGUGCCUUUAUGACUACUUCGUAAAGUGAUAUACUACUAUAAUCCGUACAGUAUCUAUUGUACAACCCUUUUGAGUAUCAUUAGAAUCUGUUGUUUGUUUUUCGGAGUACAGUACAGUGUCCUGAUUGACUAAUAGGAGUCUUUCUGAGACUCACGCAAAGGGGACGGGGGCAUGGUGGCAUUGGGCGGGACGGUAUGGCCACCCUGCGCAUAAUAACUCUGAAUGUCCGGGGGCUCCACACCCCAGAAAAGCGCUCCCUGGCUUAAUCAGAAUUAGCCAGGCUCAAAGCCGAUGUGGCCUUCCUUCAGGAAACCCAUUUCAGAAAAGAUGCAGCACCUAACUUACACAACCGUAAAUAUCCUACUGGAUUCUUUGGGAAUUUCUCGGAGACAAAAGCGCGGGGAUGGCCAUUCUGUUCUCAGCGCAUUUGCCGUUUACACCGAUAGAGCACAAAACAGAUGACUCUGGCAGGUUAUUGAUGGUAAAGGGUAAAAUGGGUCAUAAUGUGUUUGCUUUUGUCAAUGUGUGUUUUCCCAACAGGCAUUAAUGUAGACUUAAGAAAUGCUUAACCUUAAUUGAACGAUUUAUGGAGGACAUAUUGUUGAUGGGAGGGGACUGCAAUGUAGCCCUUGACUCGACACUUGACACGACCUUCAAGUCAACUACACAUUUAAAUCCCACGCAUCACCUGAUCGCGUACCUCCUGGACCAAUCCCAACUCUUUGAGUGCUGGCGCAUUAUCAACCCACAAAAGAGAGACUACUCCUUUUACUCCCCAGUAACACACACUUACUCCAGUUUGGAUAUGUUUUUUCUCCCCUGUAGAUUCUUGCAUCUAAUGAAGUCUUGCACAUAUGGCCCAAUCACAUGGUCUGACCACGCCCAGCUAUCCCUAGUUAUCCAAAUCCCCUCACUACCGAUAAAAUCUUUACAGUGGAAGCUUAAUUACCUACUGCUUAAUGAUAAAGAAGCAGUACAAAGUUAAAAACAGAAAUCACCACUACUUCCAAGAAAACACAAUCAUUCAAUUUCCCCCCCAGUCACUUGGGAAGCACACAAGUGUGUGAUUAGAGGUCUACUCAUAGCUAUGGCCUCUAAACGCAAAAAGAUAUGCGAGGCCAAAGUCAAAACACUUACAGAGGAGAUCAGGGAUUUUGAAAAAUCCCACAAAAGAGAUACCACAUUCCACACAUACACCUUUAAAAAAGAUCUGACAUAAUUGACAUAAUCUGGACACAGACAGCCUCACACACCCCAUCCCUUAUGCUCUCCCUGGAUGCCGUAAAGGCAUUUGACAGGGUGAAAUGGACGUACCUGUUUGAGCUUCUAAAACACCUCCGGUUCCCCGAGACAUACAUUACGACAAUCCAAGCCAUGUAUACAGACGUCAGAGCCUAUGUCCGAAUCCGAGGAGCACUGGCAGCACUGGCACUGGCCCACUCUCCCCCCUCUUAUUUGUAUUCACACUAGAAACCCCUACUACAAGCAAUCCGAUCUAACCAAACAAUACAGGGAAAAGAAGUGGACGGCCAGACUUACAAGGUAUCCGGAUAUGCCGAUGACGUGCUUAUCACUCUUACGAACUCAAGAGACUCAAUGAGAACCCUAACCCAGGAACUGACGGAAUAUGGAGACCUCUCAGGUUACAAGGUGAACCUAGCCAAAUCCACAGCGCUCCCAAUAGCCAUGCCACCCGCAGACAUGACAUACGAGAACACUAUGAAAUACCUAUAGCGAACACCGCAAUAAAAUAUUUGGGGAUACAGCUCACAGCGGACCCCACACACCUAUACAGAGCUAAUUAUACACCCCUCCUCAAAACUUUCAGCACGGAUUUAGACAAAUGGGUGGACAAACCCUUGUCGUGGAUAGGAAGGGUCCAGACUCCUUUUCCAGGCACUGUCCAUACCCGUCACAAAAUUUGACCUAGCCCCCGUACAAAAGACAAUAGGAGACUUCAUAUGGCAACACAAACAACAUAGGGAUUCCCGGAAUAUUCUUUAUAGGCCCAAAGAUGGGGGAGGACUGGGCCUGCCGCAUCUACACAACUACUACCUUGCAGCUCAGAUGGCCAUGUGGCACUCGACACUGGGAGACCGCAGAUGGGCAGACCUGGAGGCCAGCAUUAUGGGAGCAGACCUACCCCAAUUUUAUAUAUGGCUGCCGAAAGAACACAGGGCCUUACUACGCACCCAAUGCCCAGCAAUCUUAAACUCCAUAUGGAUUUGGGACGCCACAGCUUUAAAAUAUAAACUGACAACCUCACCCUCCCCACUGAUGCCAGUCCUGAGAAACAGGGCAUUCCCACGAGGAAUGCGAGCCAGGGACUUCAAAAACAUAGAGGGGCCGGGCCUACAGAGAGUGAUCCACCUGUACGAGGGCGACCAGAUACUAUCAUUCGAAACCCUGGCAGAAAGGACCAGGCUAACACCCUCAGAUUUCUUCCUUUACAUCCAGAUCAGGGAUUUCGCACAACACAACCUAGCAAAAACUGCAGCACACACUAAACCAACGGGCUUUGAGAAAAUAUGUCUCAAGGAAAACCCCCCGAAAGGACUCAUCACGACCCUUUACACACACCUUAGCUCCAGAAACACCGACUGGGGGGACCUACACUACACGACUCAAUUGGAAUCAGAUCUGGGAGAGGUCUUGGAGGGCACAGACUGGAGAGACAUCUGGGAUGCAAAUAAGGCCACCUCAAUAUGUGUUACACAACAGGAGCAGGCAUACAAAACCAUGUUCAGAUGGUCUACCACCCCAGUGAAGCUAUACCAUAUGUGCAAAACCCCAGACGAUCUGUGCUGAAGGGGCUGCGGACACAAAGGGACGUAUAAGCACAUGUGGUGGGACUGUCCGAAGGCACAGGCCUUUUGGAGAGAAGUAGGGAGCCUAUUAGACAACGUGUUCCAGAGAAGGGUGGGCAUAGAUCCAUGGGUGUGUCUGCUAUCCAGGCCACUCGAUGAAUGGUCAGGAAGGGACCAAAAACUCCUACGUAAAAUCACCCUAGCAGCUAGACUCACCAUGGCACAGGCAUGGUUUAAACCCGAAAUCCCCCAGAUCAAUAUGGUGAUACAUAAAAUAAGAGAUAUCCACGUCAUGGACCACCUCACGGCACUGGUGAGAGGCACCUUAAAAGCAUAUGAAAAGGUCUGGGAACCCUGGAAGGCCAGUGAUAGAGAGAACUGAGGUUAGAUCAGGAAAUUAGGGCACCACCAUCACUAACCAAACCCGAACGUAAUCCAGACGAAACUCCGAUCUCCGCCUGAGGGCCCACCAUAUACCCCCCCUUCUCUUUUUUCUUCUCUAUCUGUUACUCCUUUUCUUCUGUGUUAUUGGGAGACAUGGAGACCACAAACUGAUGCCACCCACCACAAGCAGAGGGCGUCCAAAACAGACGAAGCACUCUACUAAGGUCUCCAAUCUUCUAACAGGUUAACUGUUCACUGUUUAUUUGUUAACAUGUGUCGCCAACAAAAGUAUACCUAAGCUUGAGACAACGAACAUAAUACUGUAAGAAUCGCAUUACACGUUGUAUAUAUGUACUCGACAGUAUAAAUGUAUGUACUAUGUUAUGCAUACUUAAAAGCCACAGUGCAAUGUAACGACACGCCCCCAAAAAAAGAAUUUAUAAAAAAAAUAAAAGAUCUGAACUGCAACACAUAUUAAACGCUCAAGUCAAACGUAAACUCUUAAGGACAAAACAGUUCUAUUACUCCAUGGGCAACAAAUGCGGAUGCCUACUGGCCAACGCACUAAAGCAAACUCAUCAAACUACGUUCAUAGCCAAAAUUUUCAACUUCAGCUGUUUUCACAGAUUGGCUAAAUUGCCCUAUAUUUCUCAAGUCGUUGUUUAGUUCUAUAAAAGAAGCCAUUUGCUUGCAGCGCAGCUUCUCCACACACAGUGGUGUUCAAUUACACCUGCUUCCUCCACUUAGAAUCUCACAUUUUUUCAUAUUAUUGAUGUACAUAUUUGGAACAAAGUUCAAAUAUUACCCUUAAUUUAAACAGAACGUGUAAUAAUAUAUGACCUACAGUUUAUACUUUUGAAAGGUAACAAAUUCAAUAUUAAAUAGCUGGUCCACACCAAUUUAAAAAAAAAUCUAGCUAAAAUUGUUUUUCUACUUUGACUAUUUUUGCAAAUAGGGUUUUCAUUCACUGUUUUGAAAGAUGUUUGCAUGUGUAAUUAAAUAUGUAUUUGCAUUUUUGUCAUUUUAGGUAUUAGCUUAAAAUACAUUUCUUUCUCUCCAACUAAUUGGCCAACACAUGAGGCUUUACCUUCUGAAGAAACAUGGUGGUUACAGACAACAGAAUCUAAAAGGCAAGUAUCCCUUGAAGCAGGGGUGUCCAAAAGGUAGAUUCCCAGAUGUUUUAAAACUACAGCUUCCAUGAUGCUUUGUCAUUCUAAAGGCAUGCCAAGCAUCAUGAGAGUUGUAGUUCUACACAGGGCCAUCUUUAAUAUUGAUUGGACCCUGGGCAAGCAUUUGCUUGUACCCCUGGACACUGCACCCCCCUCACCUCUUCCUGGGUAUGCAAUCACUCCCUCCACCCCAACCCAGCGGAACUAAUGUAGAGAGUGCCCUGGUGCACAAAAUCUUUUUAGGCUUCCCCUGUUGCACAUGAGUAAAGAAAAGAUAGAUCCCAUCUGUCAUACAACUCCUGCGAUGCUAUGCUAGCUGGGAUCUACCAUCUUUGCAGGUUUGUAUUUGUGAACAAUGUUUGUGCAUUUGAAUGUAAGCAUGUUUUUGUAUAGAGUGUAUGUGUGCAUGUAGGGGUGUAUUUGUAUGUACUGUUACCAUUGGAAUGCAGUGAUGUACUUGUGUGUAGUGUUUGAAUGCAGGGGUAUGUGAUUGUCCGUAGUGUUGUACUUGUGUGUAGAGUUGGUGUUUGUAUAUAAUUUUAGCAUUUUAAUACAGGGAUGUGUAACGAUGCAUUUGCAUGUAGGGUUGUCUUUUAAAUGUAUAUGUACAUUUGUUUGUAGUAUUGGUGUUUCAGCAAACGGGUGUGCUUGAAUGUAAUGUUUGUGUUUACAAGGAUGCGUUUGCAUGUUGUGAUUUUUCUUGGAUGUAUGCACAUAUAUAUGAACACACACACACACCUUGACACAUGCUCAGUGUAUUUGUGUACAGUGCGAACGAUGGAAUGUAGGAGGAGGUGGAAGACAGGCAGCAGGCAGCGAAGGCGUAUGCUCACCUGAGCUCUUCCUGCUCAGAUCCCUCGUGCGCCCGUUAAUGAAGCCAGGAGCCGGAAUAUGAUAUCACUCCGGCUCCCGGCAUCACUAAGCGGCGCGCGAGGGAGCUGAGCAGGAAGAUUAAAGCUCCCUCACCGCCUACUCUGCUUGUCCGCCCCCUGCCUGCCCGCAGAGCAGCCCCACUGGACCACAGGUUAGUAAUCCACUCCAGCUCUCCCAGGGAGGCUGGAUGGAUUUAAAUGAAAAAUAAAUAAAAAAUAAUAAUUUGUGUUGCUGGAAGUGUGUGUAUCUGUGAGUGAAUGUGUCUGUGUAUGUGUGAGUGAAUGCGUGUGUGUGUCUAAGUGUGUGCAUGUAUGUCUGUAAGUGUGUGUGUCUAAGUGAAUCUGUGUGUGUCUGUGAGUGAAUGCGUGUGUGUCUCAGUGAAUGUGUGUGGUCAGUGAGUGCGUGCAUCUGGCGGUGCAUGUGUCUGUCAGUGAAUGUGUGGGUGUGUCGGACAGUGAGUGCGUCUGUCAGUGAGUGUGAGUCUGUCAGUGUGUGUCCGAGUAAUAGUGUGUGUCUAUCAGUGUGUCAAAUCAGUGAGUGUGUGUGUGUAUGUCAUUGUUUGUCCGUGUAUAUGAGAGUGUGUGUCUGUCAAUAAGUGUAUGCAUCUAUCAGUGAGUGUGAGCGUCUGUCAAAGUGUGGCCUUGACAGGAAGGGGUGGGGAAAAUUUAAAUUGGGGGGGGGUGCCCAAGCACCGUUCUGCAUAGGGCAGCACAAAUCCUAAAUACACCACUGCUGGUAUGUAUGCAUUACCACACACUCAGAUGCACACUUACACACACCGACACAUACAUACACACAGGUACACAUACACACUGACAUACAAGUAUACUGACACACAGACAAACACAGCCAGAUUCACACACAUAUGUGUCAAUUUACAUAUUUUAAUCUCUGCCCUCUAGCAGCUCAUGGAUGGCAUCUCCCAGCAACCUUGGCCAAUAUAAUGUCUCAACUCUGUUCUUACAUACCCUGGUAGAGAAUUUUGCAAAAGUGACACUUGGAAAUGGUGUACAGCCUUUUAUAACACUUUAUGCAAUAAUAUGUUAAAAUAAAUAUAUUUUUUCUUUUUUUCUUUAUAUUUAAUAGGGAACAUGUAGUUUUCCCCUGUCUUUUACAUUACAAACACCCACGCAUGGGUGUUUGUUAUGUCUGAUACAUAAAAGUAAAAUCAGAAAUUAGCAACACAACCAAAAACAAUUGCAUAUUUAGCCACCCUCCUGUCUCCUUACCUUUUGGGUACAGGAGGAUGGCUUCCCUGGGGUCCAGUGGGAGCUUGCAGGCCCAGGCUGAUGGAGUCUGCCAUCAGCUUUCUAAGUCCUUCUCCUCCACAAUGUUUGCAUCCUCCUCCGUUCUGUAUGUGCCUCCUCCCAAGCGGCACUGAGGAGUAAGUGAUCUGACCUCACUGAGAGGAAGUGAUCUAACCUCACUUACUCCCAGCAUGCCGCAGGGAAGAAAAAGAAGAAUCACAGGGCAGUAUGUGUAUCUGUAUACACAGCUGUGUAUCUGUAUUCAGCCAAACCCCAUAUUACAGGGGCCUGGUCCAGAGCAGUAUUAAAGGGCCAGGGGCCCCUGAUUACCUCAGGUGCUGCAGCGGGCCCAUGGGGUAGGCCCCCCAGGAGUAACUGUGCCCAGAGCAGCAGACCGCGUUUAAGACGGUCCUUGUUCUACAAAAUAUGGGGAUCUACCUUUUGGAAACUCCUCCAACCCUUUUUAUUUUCCCCCAGUCGCUAUAUUCCUUUAGGCCCCUCCUCGCUUAACUGAAAAAAAUAAGCUUAAAAUAAACUUUUUAAAAAGCAAAAGGAGAUUUGGCCUCUAUGUCCAAACUAGUUUGAUUUAGAGACAGAAGUCAGUGUGGUUGUAUCAGCUCCACCUAUGGGCUUGGACCCUAAGAAUCUAAUAUAAUUGAAAAUAAGAAGAGAUUGGCCUCAACAAGGGGGAGACUCAAUACUGAUAUAUGCGCAUCAAUAGAACCAAAAAUAAAUAAAUACUUCACAGCUAAAAAAAAGUUUCCUUCUGAGUUUUCUAAUGUAUAGGAGGUCUGAUGCCCCACAGCUCAAGAUAUUGUCACAUGUAUCCAAAAAACAAAUAACUUUAUUUGAUUCUAUACAGUAAGAUACAAUGUGAUCUAUUGUUGGGAUGAAAAUACAAUAGAAAGCCUCUGCCUACUCUUUCCCCAUCAGAUGGUCUCAGACAGCAAAAAAAAAAAAAAAAUGGUUGGUUUUCAACCUAUUAAAGCUGCUAAGACCAAAUACUAGGGAGAAAUAUAUAUGGAGUAGGGGUAAAUUCGCUAAACGGUGAAUAUAGGCUCAUGAUAUCAUCGAUGUAUCUGAAUGGAUGAAUGGAUACAUCGGGUAAGGGCAUUGAGAGGAUUCGCAAAGACCACUUGUUCCUCCCACCAACCCAGGUGCAGGUUGGCGUAUGAGGGCGCACAAGACGUCCCCAUCGCUGUCCCCUGCACCUUGUGGUAAAAAAGUCCAUCAAAUAAGAAAAAGUUGUGCGUUAGGACAAAUCUUAGUAGCUCAAUGGUGAAGAUAUGCUCCCCUUUUCCUUAGGAAAUGUAUGUUCCAGGCCCAAGGAAUGGGGGAUUGAGCUAUAUAAAGCCUCUACAUACAGGCUACAUAAUAUUGAUUUCUCUGGCAUGUUGGUAUGCAUCAAGUCUGCUAAAGUUUGUUUGGUAUCACUCAAAUAUGAGGGAAGUUGGGCUACUAAGGGUUUUAGAAUUCAAUCUAAAUAUAUACUGACAUUUUGAGUCAUGUUUUCGUUACCAGCUACUAUAGGUCUCCCUGUUAACAUAGCAUGUUGUUUACGUAUUUUCGGUAAACUAUAGAAAGUGGAAAUACGUGGAUUAGUAUUCAACAUGAAUUCAUAUUCAUUCUUGGACAUUAAUUUGUCAUCUAGUCCUGUUUGUAGGAUAUUUUUUAGUUUUUCCAUAAAGGCCUUUGUAGGAUCUGAUUUUAGGAUCUUAUAUGUGGUGUUGUCAGUCAAAAUUUUUAUAGCCAUCUCCACAUACUGCCUUGUGUCCAGAAUAACAAUAUUUCCCCCUUUAUCCGAGGGUUUAAUUGUUAUCUCCUUCUUUUCUUGUAAAUUCUCUAAGGCCUUAUAUUCCUUUAUUGUUAGAUUGGAAUUUGGUUUAAGAUUUAAUUCAGGAAUAGAGAUCUUGUCUAUUUCAUUGCAUACUAGUUCAACAAAUGUUUCCACAUAUUUUGAGUCCCCCAAUUUGGGGCAGUAUUCGCUCUUUUUUUCUUAGAUCUGUGAGUGGAUAUUGUAUUCUCUCUUCCCUAUCAUUUUCUUCCAAGAGUUCUGCCAACAUCAGGGUUACUUGGUAAUGCCUGAGUUCAAGACCUAAUGCUUUAGCUUUUUUGUCAUCAUUUGACAAAUGGUUUUUAUGUAACAUUAGUUUUCGUGCAAAGAGAUGGACAUUCUUGAUCCAGUUAAACUUGUCAAAACAUGGAGUCGGGAUAAACGACAGUCCUUUCCCAAGUACUCUAAGUUCCAACUGUGUCAAGGUGUACUUGGAUAAAUUAACAACCUGGCUAUUUAGUAUUGAUUCCUCCGGUUGUAUUACCUCCUUGGCCUGGGUCUUAGGUAGGGGCGCUCUUCCCCCAUUGUGUUGUCUUCAAAAGUGACCCCUUUAUUAAGAAUACUCCUAUUGUGUUCAUUGGAGGUUGAGGGGGUUGACUGAGAAUCUGUCUCUGAGCCUCUGUAUUCAUAUUCUGAAGUUGAGACUUGAUCUUUGUCUACUUUUCUUUUUCUCUGAAAUUUUUUGUAAAUAUUGCCAGUUUUAAAGUCUUUAUGGUCUCAUAAGAAUUUCUGAUGUUUCCUCUGUUUAAUUAUUGCUUGAUGUUUCUCCAAAUUGUUUUGAAGUUUAUUCUCAUUUAGGAUAAAAGUUGGAUCAGCUUUAAAUUGUUGAUUUUUUUUCCAUCUCAGUAUCUACCUUUUUCUCUAUGUCCUGUAAUCUCUUAUUUUCGUAUUUGCAUAAAUUGCGCUGAGCAUUUACCUGCGGCUUCUUCCCAUUCCUUUAUAAACUCAUCUUCCUCUAUAUGUGUGGUGGGUAUUGUUGGUACUCUUAAACCCCUUGGUAUUAGUCGUUUUUUUCAAGUAAUUCUCUAAGGAGGCUAUUUCCCAGCUUGUUCUAAUCUGUUGUUUAUAUAGGGAUAAGAGAGAUUACUAUAGCAGCAAUGAUUAACUCGUACUGAUCCUGUUUAUACUACCCCGUUUUAGUAACUCCUGUUACAUCACCUUAUUACUACUUAUUUUGCUGCUCUGUCUUAGCAUAUAGCCACAGGAGGUUACAGCCUAUAUUCACCGUUUAGUGAAUCUACCCCAUCUCAUAUAUAUUUCUCGCUAGUAUUUGGUCUUAGCAGUUUUAAUAGGCUGAAAACCAACCAUAUACAUUUUUUAUUUUUUUUAUUGCUCUCUGAGACCAUCUGAUGGGGAAAGAGUAGGCAGAGGCUUUCUAUUGUAUUUUUGUUUGCCACCCAACGAUAGAUCACAUUGUAUCUUACUGUACAGAAUCAAAUAAAGUUAUUAGUUUUUUUGGAUACAUGUGACAAUAUCUUGAGCUGUGGGGCAUCAGACCUCCUAUACAUUAGAAAACUCGGAAGGAAACUUUUUUUUAGCUGUUAAGUAUUUAUUUCUUUUUGGUUCUAUUGAUGCACAUAUAUCAGUAUUGAGCCUCCCCCUUGUGGGGGCCACUCUCUCCUUAUUUUCAAUUAUAAAAUAAACUUUUACUUACCUGGAAUCCAGCAUCAGAUCUAAGCAUUGGCUUGAUCAAGAUUGGACCAUUUCGCUGGUUCAGAGCGCAUACAUGUGCUCCAUUAUGCACUUUUAUUCACACGAUUAUGUGUUCACAUUGCACUAUUGUGCUCACAUUGCACUUAUAUACAUGGCCGAUGUGACCAUGUUUUGCACCUCCAUGCACAUAAUUGUGUGUUCACAUUUUUGUAGUGCACAUUUUAUGUGUUUACAUUUGUCACUUACCAUAUGUGCCUUUUUGCAUGUAUUGCAUAUGUAUUGUGCACUUUAUGGAUGUUGCUUUCGGCUUACAUUAAGUACUUUUAUGUCACAUGAUUGAGAUACACUAUUAAUGGGUAUUUAUUUGCACUAGAGUAUUAACUGAAUGGCAGUUGGUAGACUUCAUUUUUACUUAGAUUGAGGUUAUGAGUUGUGUGUUGGAUUUUUAUAUGGUGGCAUUAUUAUAAUGUUGAUGUAUUUGGUUAGGGAAAUUGGUAGCAAUGUUGAAGGAUUGUAUUUUUAAUUAUUAGGGAAUUGUAUAAACUGUAAUGCUUACACUGGAAGUAUUUUUUUUAAAUAGCAUUUUUAAAUUACUGCUGAAUAUCUGUUCAGAGGCCAACUGUAUUUCAUUGCCCUUCUUUGUACAUGGUACAGUGACAAUACCAUGGCAUCCCAGGCCGGAAUAGCCGGCCUGCGCAGUGCCUGCAGGGGGAGUGCCUGAGCUCUCAGGCUGUUCCCCUCAUACCUGCAAGAAAGUUUUAAAAGUUAAUAAAAGUUGUUAAAAAGUUAAACAAAGUAAAUAAAAGUACUUAGAUCAUAUAUAUGUUUAUUUCUUCUAAGUACUUUUAUAUGCACAUACACAAUCCAUUAUUCUAAGUGUAUUUUAAUAUAUAAUUUUAUAUAUAUAUUAUAAUAAAUAAAUUGAAAAAAUGAAGAAAGAAAAUAGUUAAAUGUAAAAAAUAUUAUAUGCCAGUUUUAAUUUGUUCUAACUGUAUUUUAUAUUACUAUACAUAUAAAUUUAAAUCAAAAUACAUUUAGAAUGAUGUUAUAAAUACAUAUAUUUAUCUAUAUAUCUAGCUAUAUAUAUAAAUAAAAAAUAUUUUAAAAAAAUAUAGAUAUAUAUAUUUAAAUUCUACAAAUAUAUUUAUAUAAUAUUAUUACAUAAUUAAGUCAUGGACUGAUUGAAUGCGCGCACGGCUCUUGCCACACAUGCGCAUUCAGCGCUGACAUCAGGAGAGAAAAAAGAGUUCCCCAGCGCAGAGGGAGCGCGGCACUGGAGAAAGGUAAGAGUUUAACCCUUUCAGCCCCCUUCAGCCUGACAGGAGGGGGGCCAUGAGGGUUGGGGGGGACCUAAAGACCCUAUAGUGCCAGGAAAACAAGUUUGUUUUCCUGGCACUAUAGUGGUCCUUUCAAAAAUAUAUAUUUUGAAACCGCUAUGUCCUACUUGUACUAAUAGCCCUAUAACUUGCACACAAAAAAAAAACUAAGAGCAUGUUAACCUUGGUAUUUCUAAACUCAGGACAAAAUGUAGAAACUAUUUAGCACAGGUGGUUUUUUUUGGCGGUUGUAAAUGCGUAACAGAUUUUGGGGGUCAAAGUUAGAAAAAGUGUGUUUUUGAAAAAAAUUUCAUCAUAUUUUAUAAAUUUUUUAUAUAGAAAAUUAUAUAAUAUGAUGGAAAUAAUGUUAUCUUUAGAAAGACCAUUUAAUGGCAAGAAAAACUGUAUAUAAUAUGUGUAGGCACAGUAAAUGAGUAAGAGGAAAAUUACAGCUAAACUCAAACACCGCAGAAAUGUAAACACAGCCCUGGUCCUUAACAGUAAGGAAAUUGAAAAACGGUCUCGUCACUAAGGGUUUAAAUGUGCAACAUUGUUUAUCUUUGUGUCUUUUAUGCUACUGUAUAUUUAUUUCAACAGAAAUACCCAAAUGCAGUUUUUUGUUCAUUGGAAAACUUCACGAAUCUCUCUCCAAGUGAAACUUACAUUUGUAGAGAAAUCACUGUACUUGGUAAGUGUAUUUGUGUCAUAUAACCAGACUGCAAGUUAAAGCUUUAAUCCAAGCAUUGUGACCACUACAUUCUACUAGGAGUACCCUGGCGCCAUUGCUAGUAAUGGGGCAAACCUCUGAAGGAGGCUGAACACCACCUGACUUCUGCAUAGCUGUGUCAGGUGAGUGCGCUCAGCCAAUAAAUUAGUGUCUGUGCGCAGACUAUACACAGAAAAGAGAAUGUGAGAGUUGAAAGUGCUAAUUGACUAUUGUACAAAAAAAUGAAAGGGCAAUAUAAAAUACAUUUAAAUGAAGGUCAAUUGGGGCACACCCACAACAUGCAUUUCUCAGUAGCAGUGCUGCAGUAAAGACCAAGACAUAUACAAAAUACAGAUUAAGGAAGAGCACACACAAAAAUACAGUUUUCAAUUUUACAAGGCUUCUUAAAAUCACCUAUCUUAGCAAACAAAUAUGGGGAUUCAAUUACACCAUAUGGCCAUAUUGUGGUAAGUCCACCACUACAUCACAGUAACCCAAUAUCAGUGGUUUCUAGUUUAAUUUUAAUAUGUGAGAUUAGCAUGCUAACUAAUAUUUUCAGCUUAGACUGCUUGGUCUGGAGUCAAAAUGUACACAGAAAAAAGGGGAAUUGGGGGCAUACCCGAAACAUUUCUCUUUAGUGGUUCUGCUGUAAUAUAUACACAGAUUAAUGAACAGCGGACAAACUAAAAAAAUACAGUUAUAAACUUUAGAAGGAUACUUAAAAUCACCUAUCUUAGCAAACAAAUUGUCCUGGCCCCCGGCUCGCGGCUGCACAUGGUCGCACCUGAUCAGUGCGACCACGCUGACAAGUUGGAAGACUUACCUGUUCAGUAACAAGCCGGGAGCCAACCCGCUGAGGCAUCCGUCCCCUCCACACGCGGGAGCCAAAAUGGCGCCAACCACGAGGUCGCUGUCAUUUGCAGCUCCGCCUCCAAAGUCAUGCAAACGUGCAUGUGACAUCACAGCGAGGACGCACACGCACGUUCUGGGUUCAGAGGCCAAGCUAUGACCAAUCACAGCCCAAGGAGGGGUAUUUAAACCCCUGAAUUUCCCUAGCUCAUUGCCCUGUCGUGGUUUCUGUUCCUGGUUCCCAAAAGCGCGUUUUCUUGUCCUUGUUAUUGAUAUUCCCGGUAUUCUGACUUUGGCUAUUCCUGACUACUCUAAUUUCUGGUUUCCCUGACUUUGCUCUCUUAUCGAUCUUGUGUAUUUCUGGAUCCCUUGACCAUUCUCUAUCUUUCAACGUAUUAAUCCAGCCAUUCCAAGGACUGGUUUACGUUUUCUCUAUUUUUCUAUUUAAUGUAGAUGUUACAUAGUUUUGCGUGUUGGAUCACAUUAGUAGUCGUGACACAAAUAUUGUGAUUCAGUUACACCAUAUUUCCAUAUUGUGUCAAGCCCAACACUAUAUUACAAAACCGUAAUAUAGGGGGGAUCUACACACAUUUCAACAUGGGAGAUUAACAUGCUAACUGCGCUACUGAGAAUUGCAUGUUCCGAGUGAGGACGUCCAACGUCUUUAAAUCUCACAUAGGAAAGCAUUAAUUCAGUGCUUUCCUAAGGGGAAGGCCUAAAGCAGAUUAUAUUGUCAUUGUACAGGGAGUGCAGAAUUAUUAGGCAAAUGAGUAUUUUGACCACAUCAUCCUCUUUAUGCAUGUUGUCUUACUCCAAGCUGUAUAGGCUCGAAAGCCUACUACCAAUUAAGCAUAUUAGGUGAUGUGCAUCUCUGUAAUGAGAAGGGGUGUGGUCUAAUGACAUCAACACCCUAUAUCAGGUGUGCAUAAUUAUUAGGCAACUUCCUUUCCUUUGGCAAAAUGGGUCAAAAGAAGGACUUGACAGGCUCAGAAAAGUCAAAAAUAGUGAGAUAUCUUGCAGAGGGAUGCAGCACUCUUAAAAUUGCAAAGCUUCUGAAGCAUGAUCAUCGAACAAUCAAGCGUUUCAUUCAAAAUAGUCAACAGGGUCGCAAGAAGCGUGUGGAAAAACCAAGGCGCAAAAUAACUGCCCAUGAACUGAGAAAAGUCAAGCGUGCAGCUGCCACGAUGCCACUUGCCACCAGUUUGGCCAUAUUUCAGAGCUGCAACAUCACUGGAGUGCCCAAAAGCACAAGGUGUGCAAUACUCAGAGACAUGGCCAAGGUAAGAAAGGCUGAAAGACGACCACCACUGAACAAGACACACAAGCUGAAACGUCAAGACUGGGCCAAGAAAUAUCUCAAGACUGAUUUUUCUAAGGUUUUAUGGACUGAUGAAAUGAGAGUGAGUCUUGAUGGGCCAGAUGGAUGGGCCUGUGGCUGGAUUGGUAAAGGGCAGAGAGCUCCAGUCCGACUCAGACGCCAGCAAGGUGGAGGUGGAGUACUGGUUUGGGCUGGUAUCAUCAAAGAUGAGCUUGUGGGGCCUUUUCGGGUUGAGGAUGGAGUCAAGCUCAACUCCCAGUCCUACUGCCAGUUCCUGGAAGACACCUUCUUCAAGCAGUGGUACAGGAAGAAGUCUGCAUCCUUCAAGAAAAACAUGAUUUUCAUGCAGGACAAUGCUCCAUCACACGCGUCCAAGUACUCCACAGCGUGGCUGGCAAGAAAGGGUAUAAAAGAAGAAAAUCUAAUGACAUGGCCUCCUUGUUCACCUGAUCUGAACCCCAUUGAGAACCUGUGGUCCAUCAUCAAAUGUGAGAUUUACAAAGAGGGAAAACAGUACACCUCUCUGAACAGUGUCUGGGAGGCUGUGGUUGCUGCUGCACGCAAUGUUGAUGGUGAACAGAUCAAAACACUGACAGAAUCCAUGGAUGGCAGGCUUUUGAGUGUCCUUGCAAAGAAAGGUGGCUAUAUUGGUCACUGAUUUGUUUUUGUUUUGUUUUUGAAUGUCAGAAAUGUAUAUUUGUGAAUGUUGAGAUGUUAUAUUGGUUUCACUGGUAAUAAUAAAUAAUUGAAAUGGGUAUAUAUUUGUUUUUUGUUAAGUUGCCUAAUAAUUAUGCACAGUAAUAGUCACCUGCACACACAGAUAUCCCCCUAACAUAGCUAAAACUAAAAACAAACUAAAAACUACUUCCAAACAUAUUCAGCUUUGAUAUUAAUGAGUUUUUUGGGUUCAUUGAGAACAUGGUUGUUGUUCAAUAAUAAAAUUAAUCCUCAAAAAUACAACUUGCCUAAUAAUUCUGCACUCCCUGUAUAUGUGAGGUUUGUCUCAUGCAAAGAGUGAGGACAUCCAGUGUCAUCUCACUAAGUUAAACUCUGUGAAACAGCAAAGCACUGUAUACCAGUAGCUGUCUGGUAUACAGCCAUUAAAGGCAGUCUUAACCCUGCAAAGUAAACAUUGCAGUUUCUCUAAGGGAACUGGGACACUGCACCCAGACCACUUCAAUUACAUAAAGUGGUCUGGGUGCCUAUAAUGUCCCUUUAAGUACAAGGAUAGCUUUGCUAAGAGAUCCCAUCUUAUUUUGGGAGUUCACUGCUGAGUGGACAGAAUGUGUUAAAGUAAUCCUUACAGUCCUCCAUUGUUUCACUGUGGAACCACCUUCAUGGCUUCAGGAUUGAUUAAUAGGAAAUCAAUGUGUGUUUCACAAGUAAGAUCAGCCGCAAGCAAAAACGUAGUCCUCCCUCAGGAAAAGGGUAGUGAUGAUUUUUAUUCAUCCUACAGGCCCAAUAAGAGUAUUUGGAGAUUUUUUUCUAACUGCGCUAUAACUUGUUAUGGAUGUAAUAAUUUCUUCCUGUUUUUUUUUUUUUCAAUGCACAGAUAAAUGAAUAAUCUAAAUAAUCCACAGCACUGGAACAUACGCCCAGAUGAAGGUGGUGGAGAUGGGAGUAGAUGGAAUUAUGCUCUGCUUGUCCCCAUGCUGGGGCUUGCUGCGUUUCGUAAGUUUUAAAAAUUAGCGAUAGCCAAGUAUUGCUAUAUGUUAUUGUAGAUAUGUCACAGUACAACAAUAUAUGAAUAUACUAUAGUCACCAGAACAACUGCAUUAAGUUGUAGUUGUUCUGUUGACCCACACUUAUUAUAUAUCAUUUUGUUCAGGAGAAACAGGGCCUUUAACUUCUCAUGAACUAUUCAUAUAUGAAACAUAACUUAUUAUGAAUAAAAUAAAAAAAACUGAGAGAAAUUAAGAUUUAAAAAAAGAAAUUUGUAGUUCUGCCUGACAUUUUAACUGUAAAUGUCAUGAUACUGUUUGCCUUUACUGCAAUAACAUGCACAUAUUUGUAUUCAGCAAUGUCUCACAAGUAAAACAGUACCCCCCAUUAACAGAUUUCAUGGUGUUUUGGAAAGUUACAGGGUCAAAUAUAGCAUGUUACAUUUUUCAUUUUUUUCACAUUAAAUUGAAAUUGAAAUUUGCCAGAUUGGUAAUGUUACCUUUGAGACCGUGUAGUAGCCAAGGAAUGAGAAUUACCCCCAUUAUGGCAUACCAUUUGCAAAAGUACACAACCCAAGGUACUGCAAGUAGGGUAUGUCCAGUCUUUUUUAGUAGCCACUUAGUCACAAACACUGGCCAAAGUUAGCGUUCAUAUUUGUUUUUGUGUGAAAAAAGCAAAAAACUAAUAUUUGGCCAGUGUUUGUGACUAAGUGGCUACUAAAAAUGACUGGACAUACCUCAUUUGCAAUACCUUGGGUUGUCUACUUUUGCAAAUGGUAUGCAAUCAUGGGGGUAAUUCUCAUUCCUGGGCUACCGUGCGGUCUCAAAGGCAACAUUACCAAACUGGCAAAUUUCAAUGUAAAAAAAAAAUGAAACGCCAGCCUUAUAUUUGACUCUCUAACUUUCCAAAACACCAUAAAACCUGUACAUAGGGGGUACUGUUAUACUUGGGAGACUUUACUGAACGCAUACAUAAGUAUUUCAAAACAGUAAAACAUACUACAACAAUAAUAUCAUCAGUAAAAGUGCCGUUCGUGUAUGAAAAAUGCAAAAAACUUCACUUUUACUGAAAAUAUCAUCAUUGUAAUACAAUUUAUCAUUUUGAAACACUAAUAUUUGUGUUCACUGAAGUCUCCCGAGUAAAACAAUACAGCCCAUGUACAGGUUUUUAUGGUGUCUUGGAAAGUUACAGGGUUAAAUAUAGUGCUUGCAAAUUAAAUUUUCUGCACUUUCUGCCUGGGUUGUCAGGCAUGUCAAUCAAAUUUUAAUUAAUUAAAUCACAUUAUGUUAAAAGAUUACUUAAAUAUACACGUAGAAUUUUAAUAUAAAUACAUAUAUAUGUAUUUAAAUUCUACAUGUAUACUUCUGUAAUCAUUCAUGUAAUUAUAUAUAUUUAUCUAUAUAUAUAUUUUUUUUUUAUAUGCGGUUAUUUGUAUUUUAUAUAUAAAUAGAUAUAUAUAGAAUGUCAUUCUAAGUUUAUUUUGUUACCAGUAUAUAUACAUAUAUAUUAAUAACAAAAUACAGUUAGAAUGAAAUUGCAUAUGUAUAUAUAAUUUAUUUAAAUUUUUUUUUAAAUAUUUUAUUUAUUUAUUUUAUUAUUGUGUUUAUUCUUGUAAUUAUACGUGUAUAUAUAUAAAUAUAAAAAAAUAUACAUAUAUUAUAUAAUACAUAUAUAUCAUAUAUAUGUAACUUUAUUCUAAGUGUAUUUUAAUACUAAUAUAUGUGCUUAUAUUAAUAUUAAAAUACACUAUGUAUGACGUUACAUAUAUAUAAGAUGUAUUUAUUAUAUAUAUAUAUAUACACACACAUUUAAUUAAUUUUAAACAUGUUAUUUUUUCUUUUACUUUCCCACCAGCAGGGGGACUGUCUGACAGCCCAGACAGUCCCCCUGCUUGCAGAUCCACAGCCAGCUAUAGGGGGCCACGUGAUCGCUCUUUGAGAGCGAUCACAUGGCCCCCGGGGGCCUAAGGUGCCGUGGGAGGGCUGCCUGGGCUGUCAGACAGUCCUCCCGAAGAGGAGGUAAGUAGCUGGAGGCUCCUGGGGCUGCAAACUGUUACAGCGUUCUAUGCCGCCGCAACGGCUUUAAAGCCCAUUUAAAUGGGGACGGCAUAGAAUGUCGUAACGGCGUUAAGGGGUUAAUCAUUUGUCUAAUUUCUGAACCAAAACAAACACUAGAAUCUGUGCAAUGUGUUUAUUCCACUGUAAUUUAACACUUUCGUUUUAAGUGCAACCAUACAUAUUAUAAAUUGUUUUGUUUUUUUAAAGGACAGAAUGAACUCUCUUUUGAUACAUGACAUGUAUACCUAACCCAACAAUAAGUAUGAAUUAAAAAAAAAAUAAUUAUAUGUAUUCUGAAACAUUGUUUUCAUUAUCUGCAGGUUGGAUAUGGUCAAAGGAAUCUGAAAAAGAAAUAAUGAAAGCAAAAACAGAAUAUAUUCAGAAAGUGACACACUUGGAGAAGAAUCUUGAAACAAAAUAUCGUGAGAUUAUUUCAGAAAACCGCCGUACAGUAGCUCACUUGGAAAUUGAACUUGAGAAGGAGCAGAGCAGAAUUAUCAGCUAUCGUAGGGCUCUCAUUUCCCAGAGUCAAAAGCUUGUGGAGGAAAGGAAGCUCUUGGAGCAGGAGAAAGAAAACCUAAAGCAGGAACUAAGAGCAGCGCAGCAAUCAGGAGCCGCAGGUGCCUUGUAUUCAAACUACCUGAGAGAAGAAGAAGAAUGGCAGAAGAAGGCUAAAAGCUUGCUAAAGGAGUUUGAAGAUGAUCUCAAGGAGAGACAAAACAUUUACUGUAGCUUUAUAACACCUAAAGUCAAAAGGCUAGAAAUAGAAAAGAAAAUGCUUAUCAAAUCUGUAACUAAUCCAGUUGCAGUUGAAUUAGAAGUUGAGGAGGGCUUGAGUGACAUUUUUAAACAUGAUAACCACUGUGCUGUCUUGAUAAACACCAAUAAACAUCAGAAUGGCAGACUAAUGUGGGUUUAUCUGAAGUAUUGGGAACUGACGGUAGAACUGAAAAAAUUCAAAAAAGCAGAGGAAGCUAUGCUAGGUAAAAAGGAAAUGUAGUUGUUGUUUUUUUCACACCACAUGUACACUUUUUACCAAACAGUAGUACAGCGUGAUCUUGAUUAAUUCUAGAUUAAAGGUCUAGUUGUGGCCAUCUGCAACACUACUAUAAUGUUUUGCUUCUGUAUAUGUAUGCUUCUUUUAAAGGUAUAUUUCCCGCACUGUAUAGCGUUGCAGUAUAUGUUGGUGCUUUUUAAAUAAAUUGUAAUCAUUGUUUACAUGUGAUUUUAUUCUUUUUUCCUCUUUCUAUAUAUAAAUAAAUUGAGCGUGAUGCGUGCCCUGCAAUUACAUUUAUAAAUAAAUACAUUCCUUUAACCCCUUAAUGACCAAACUUCUGGAAUAAAAGGGAAUCAUGACAUGUCACACAUGUCAUGUGUCCUUAAGGGGUUAAACAUGGGCUAUGCCAAAAUACAUUCUUAUAGCUAAGUUUUUAGAAACCACAUUUGUUCAUUGUUUUUUCAAAUUUGAUUAAUUAAAGUUAUUCUCUUUGAGAAAAUAAACUAAUUUAAAAAAUAAUGGUUUUAUAAAGUGCUAAAUCUAAUUUAUGAAUCAUAUUCAUGUAAUGGUUUAUUGAUUUUCUCUCUGCAUUUUGAGAGAUACGACAAUCCUUCCAUUUGUCAGUCAGAAUGCCUCUAGUGGCUGUCAAUACAUCCCUUAUGCCUCCACCCACCAUGCCACAGAUGAGGAUGUGUCGCUACAAUGGCCCAUCUCUUUGGACACCUGGUGGGUGCUUAAAUUCACUAAUGGGAGGUCGAUAGAUCCCUGUAGCCAGCUGGUAAGGGCUCACUAAUAAAACAUGGAGAUAUGCCACUGUUCCCCCAACACUACCCCUUUGUGGCUUUUGGCAGGGGGCUCCAAAAUAUAAACCAGUGGGGACAUGCUAAAGGUGGUGGUAGGAGAUAUUAAAUAGAUAGGGGGACAGACUACUUUUACCUCAGCUACCACCCAUAGGCAGUGGGUUUGGGCUAUUAUAUAAUCAAAGGGGGUGGAUAGGCACACCAAUGGGCAGUUAGUAUUUAUCAAAUGUGGGGGUUUGAAAAUAUAGCAGUCCAUUCUGCCAAGGUUAUGGCAAUUGGGGGUCCCUAAGCCCCUAUACCCCAUUAAAUAAACCCAACCUUCUACCAUCAUACUUACCUUGUGAAUUGUUCUUUAUUGAGCCCCCAAAAAAGACCAAAUAAAAAUCCAUUAUAACUAUUAAAAACAAUUAAAACAUGAAUUGCAAAAACUGCGAUGAAAAAAUAAACCUGAUGCAAGUAAAAAAUUUAUCCUAUUUAAAUGUUUGAGGUAUUUCCCACACUGAAAUAUUCACAUACUAUUUGUUUAGAACACAUGCUACACACGAGUAGCAUGACAGUUUAGGGUAUAAUAAAGGUGUUAAGCCUCCCUUAUAGUAAUAAGAGGUCAUAUUGCAUGUUGUUUUAGAUCAGGGGUUCUCAACCUUGCCCUCAAGGACCCCCUACCAGUCCAGGGUUUAGGGAUUACCUGGGUGUGUCUAAGAUGUUUAGAAAAAAAAACACCUUAGAGUCUAAGGUUUGAUUUUCUUCCCUUUUUCUAAACACCUUAGACACACCCAGGUAAUCCCCAAAUCCUGGACUGGUAGGGGGUCCUGAGGACUGGGUUGAGAACCCCUGUUUUAGAUGAUUUAAUAAACUGGCAAGUGUACAGUGGUCACCUGACGCUAGAUGUCCUCACGGUAUGCAUAAGGACAUCCAGCAUCACUCAAAACCCUAUUGUAUAAUGCUUUCCUAUGGGUAAAGUAAUCAUGCAAGCAUGUUUGCAUUAAGCAUCUUGACACUGGCUAAUGUCCGUGGGGGAGGAGCGAAGCACGAGCCAGCGCUUAGGGGCUAUAUAAAUAAAAUAAUAAUAAUGUUAUCUAUUUUAUGAUGAUCUAUUUAAUGUUGAUAAACACAAAGAUAUGCAUUUUAGAAUGCACAGUGUAUUCAAUAAGUGGCACUAAUAAUCAUAGACAACAAGAAACAAUGUAUGGUAGCAGUUGCUAAGGCCAGGAAGGUAUUGUCAUGUAUAAAAAUCGGUAUUAAAGUGUAUCUGUCAUUUUCAAGGGUCUUUGAUUAUUUUGCAAACACCCCAGGGUCCAGGGGUUGUGUGGUGCAGUCGAAAGUAAGUAUACUUACUUGAAGCUGUCCCUCUUGGCCGCCACCAUCUUGAUGACUGACUUCAGCUCCAGGUGCUUCAUCUGGCUGGAGCUGCUUCAUUGCAGUACUCUCAUGCAUUUGCAAGAGUACAACUUUGAGGUCUAUGCAGGAUGCCAUGGGAGCCUCCAUAAGUGGUGUCUCACAAUGAGCAAAUUAAUGCCAGUGUCCCACAGCCAUCACUUGUGAUGGCUGCUGGAUUUGGACAAAAAGUUCACAGCAGAGCUCCAUCUUUUGUCAACUCAGGCAUUACCAUAAGACAAAGUAGUCUCUACUUUGUUUUAUAGUAUAUUUGGUUUGACUUGGAAUUUCAAUAAAAUUCGAAUACAGUGAGUAUGAAUAUUUCUUAAAGGUUAUAACAAUCUACCUGUAUCUUCUCCUUUAUCUACUGCUGUACAACUUCAUACAGGAAAUCAAGAUAAACUGUUCACUGGAAGCUAUGACCAUGAGGCUGAAGCUCAAAUAUUUUGGCCAUAUAACGAGAAGGCAUGAAUCUUUAGAGAAGACUCUGGGAAAGAUUGAAGGCACACGAAGAAGAGGAUGACAGAGACGGAGAUGGAUAGAUGAGGUCACUGAAGCCACGAACAUGAAGUUGUUGGAGCUCAGAGGCUCAGUGACUGACAGAUGUACCAUGCGUGCUAUGGUCCAUAUGGUCACGGAGGUUUGGACACGACACCACUUCAUUAUGCGGUCUUAACCCCUUCCCAACUGCGGAUGUACCAGGUACAUCCGACAGAAAACGGUUGGUAACGACCUUGGACGUACCUGGUAUGUCAGAGGCAAAUAGGAGCCCUGGACUUACCUGGACCGGCAAUCCUGGUCGGGGGGGACAGCCCGAUACCCCAGCAAUUAAAAUGUGAUUAAUGGAAUUUACUGUUCAGACAGGAAAAGUUGUGCCGAGCAGCAAUCAAAUC